ACGUGAUUGACUUCGCGUCGCGGACUAAUCACGUCAUGCGCUCCAAACUCUUCUGUCGAGUGACUUUGACGUAAUUGAGAGGCGGCAAGAUGGCUACGGCGGCUUUGCUGCAUGUCCCUAAGAAUAUGCGGCUCACUGAAGGUUUAGUGUCCGCGCUGAAAGAAGAGCGACCCGAAUAUGUACCUGCUCUUUUAUCGAAUUAUCGGGAGCAUGGCGUGGUCGGGACGCAGAACUGUGGGACAGUGGGAGGACUUGUAGGCAUCAGCAACUCACGCCUUGGCUCCAGCAAAACAAGGUUUGAGGGUCUGUGCCUGUUGUCUAUGCUGGUGAAAGACAGCUCAAGUGAGGUGUUCCAGCAGCACUGUCUCUCAUGGCUACGCUCUCUUCAGCAGAUCAUCCAGUCGCAAGCUCCUCUGCCCUCUGUGCAAUUGGCAGUGAAUGUGCUACAGGACGUGCUGCAAUACUCGUCUCAGCUGCCCGAGCUGGCCAGAGAAGUGGGCCUUAACUCCAUCCUGGGCAUUCUCACAUCUCUACUAGGGCUGAAGUCUGAGUGCCACCUGGCUGCCAUGGAGGGGAUGAUGGCGUGUAUGACAUAUUACCCUCGUGCAUGUGGCUCGCUUAAGGAAAAGCUGGGGGUUUAUUUCCUGUCCAAGAUGGACUCUGACAACCCUAAAGUGCAGGAUGUGGCUUGUAAGUGUUACGGGCGGCUGCCUUGCCUCGGAGGUGUGCUUGAGCGUGGAGGAGGGGGACGCCGGGCUGAGGGAUGGACUAGUCAGUUUCACUGUCUUCUGGCAUCCGCCAAUAGCAUUCUGGGACAGUUAUACCAGGGAAUAGAGACCGAAGAAACCAUGCAGUACGAGGGUCCAGGUGUAGAGCUGCCCUUUCUUCCACUGGAUGAUGUCGAUCCCCUGUUGAUUCUUCAGCUGCGCCAUCGCUACAGAUCAGUGUGCCUGGCUCUUAAACAUACACUCAGUGUUGAUCCAGCCACCUCAGUGCGUCUUCCCAUUCAGCAUGUCCUUAAUCUAGUGUGCCGUGCCCUGGCUGUCGGCAUUAAGAAUAUUAACGUCACAAGUGAAGGUUGCUUGAAGCUGCUGGUUUUGCCAUCAAUACACAGUGAUACUUUGGAGGUGCUCUCUGCUCUGAUUAAAGUUGUGGGUGCUGGCCUGGUGCAGUAUUGUAAUGUGCUGUCCAGGCUUUUCUCUCAGGCACUUUGUGCAUGGACGCCUCUGCCAGAGGCCAGCCUUGGCCAGCAAAGAGCAUACAGUGCUGUACGGGUGGCCCUGUAUCACACACUGGAACUGUGGGUAUGUGUAGGCAGGGCCUCUUCUUCAGUACUGCAGGGAAGCUCGUCUCACUCAGAACUGCUCUUUGCUCAUCUCAUUGGUGACAUUACACCAGGAACUGAGGCUGUUAAACUCCGUGCCGGACAGACAGCAAUGUCUGAUCUAGUUUCUGCACCUGGAAAGACGGGACCUCGGCGAACAAAAGGAAUGGGUAUAGUAGAUCCAGGUGGAGUCUCAUUGCAAAGAAAGGGUGAUGCAUUAGCCAAUCAGGAUACCUGUUUUGCAGCUCUACGAGUCCUUAGACAGAUCGUAUUGACCAGUGGCACAUUGUUGAAAGAAGAUCUACAUAAGAAACUGCAGGAUCUGGUGGUGCCACUGUGCGUGAGACUCCAGCAGCAGGCUCAGUGCAGUAACUGGGAUGUGGGAGGUGUUAGUGGUCAGUAUGGCAGCGCUGCCCCACGUUGUGAGCUCUAUGCCUUGCUGCUGGCUUUGGUGCUUGUACCAUCUCCACGCUGGCCUGCUCCACUCUCCUGCGCUGUGUGCGUGUUCAGCCAAGGACGCAAAGACCGUAACAUCACUGUUUCCUCAUACUGUGCUGAGGCAUUGACUAUAUGCAAUGCUUUGCUUCAUCCAAGGACACCGUCCAUCUCCCUCCCUCUACCUCCGCUGGCUCUAAAGCCGACCCCAGCUGCAUCUGUCCUCGCCCCUACUCAGAAUCCCUCUCUCUCCCUCCCUACACUCCUGGGGGCCCCUGCACCAGGGCCUUCUUUUGCUCCCAGACACCCUCUAAGCUUAGACUCUGCUUCACUCCUGGGUUCUUUGGAGAACCACCUGCCCCUAGGUCCUCCUGUCCUUUCCACACCAGGGGGUGCCACUGGAGUCCAAGGUGAGUUGCUACUCUCCUCCCCUGCCCAGGCAGCUGAGUUGGCAGGAUUGACAGCACCUCCUGAAACGCAGCGGCAGGUGUUUGUGCGCUAUGACAAAGAGGAGCCAGAAGACGUGGAAAUCUCCCUGGAAAGUGAUUCGGAUGACAGCGUGGUUAUCAUGCCCCAAGGCAUGAUGUUGGAGAUGCAGGAAGGAGCUGGUAACACGCAGAGUCUUCCUCCACCCCCGGGCAGCACCAUGCCUGUGGCAAAUGCUGGUCUGGGUAGUGAAACAGGCCCUGUUGAAACCUCGCUCUCUAGCGAUCACCCCACAACCAUUGGGCAUCAGAUUCUGCCAGCUGAUGGCAACAACAUCAACUCCUUUCCAGGGACUAGUCAAACAGAGCAGCUGGUCUCUCUGGUGCCACCUCUAAACUCUAACGCUGUGCCUCUUACAGCAUCUUCUAGUGCACUGGGUAAUUCAUUGCCUGCUGGUGCACAGCUUCAGCAAAUGUUGAUGCAGACUUCAUCAGGUGGACAGCUGUCAUUACACAUACAACUCCAGAACCAACUAGUACAGUCCAGCCGCCAGCCAGCCGCCAAUGAGCAGGACCAGAAUGUUAUCAACAUCAACAGCACAGAUGAUGAAGAGGAGGAGGAAGAAGAGGAGGAGUUGGAGGAUGAAGAUGAACUGGGAGAGGAGGAGGAAGAGGAAGAAGGCCUGGAAGAAGAUGAAGAGGAAGAAGAAGGCAGUGAAUAUCCUGAAGAUGGGUUCCUCCCAGGAGAUGACUUUGAGGGCUUUGAUGAUGAGGAGGAUGAAGGAGAGGAAAUAGAGGAAGAAGAAGAUGAAGAGGAGGAUGACGAGGAAGAGAUCCAGGCCUUGGAGGCCGAAAGUCAGAGGGAUGUGAUUGGUGCAGAAGUGGGGGAAGUAAUGAUCGAAGAGCAAGAAGAGAGGAGAGUUGGCACAUUCCCCAUGGAGGGUGAAAGACCUGUAGAAGGAGGAAUUGAGGAAAUGAAAGCAGUGCAGAGCAUCUUUGAGGAGGAGGGAGUAAAGGAGAAAGUGGGCAUAGAAGAGAUUGAGAACAUCGGUGCUGUAGAGAGGAACGAAAGCGUGGUGGGAGAACAGCAAAUAGAAACUCAUGUAAUUGGUGCAGAGGGUGAGCAAAGCGAAGUAAAUGCCUCUACAGAAGCAGCUGAUCAGGAAGUGCUGCCUCAAGAACAGGACGGCUCCAGACCAGAGUCAUUGGUGACUCCAGAGGAUUCUGGGAUACCAUCAGAGGGUCAGGAACAGGAAGUGGCUAUAGGGGUCAGAGAAAAUGAGCCAAGUGCGGAGGUAGAACAAGAGGAAGUACCUAAUCCAAGCACAGCAACCACUUCAGAGGACACUGAAACGAAGCAAGGUGUGGAGACAACAGAGAAAGAGGUGGUUGAAGGGGUGCAGGUGGAGGAGGAAGAGACACGAGGGACAAAGAGGAAAAUAGAGGAGAUAGAAGAAGGAGAGGUAUCUGAACAGAGCAGUGAGAAAAAAAAGCUGGACGAUGAGGCCAUGGCUUCCAUGUUGGCUGACUUUGUGGACUGCCCCCCAGACGAUGAGGACCACGGUGCCUCUCACUCGCAUUCUUAAAGUAAAAACUUCUCCAAGAGCCAUAACUCAUUUGUUGGUGUCAUGGACCCCAGAAAUUUCCCUCUUAAUGUUCAUGCAUCAAUAAUUACAUACAGAUAUAAUUCAUUUAAACCUAAAACCUUUUAUCAAAUGUAAGUUAACGGUUUUCUAUCUGUGAUGCAGUCAUGAUGUACCUUGUGAUGUCAUUUAAGAUGCAUCCUUAAUGGUAUCGUAAGUGUUUUUCUGACUUAAAUGUUAGAAUUUGUGUUACUAUCCAAACAGCUGGUCAGUAUUUUGUGUAAAUUACUUUUCACUGAGCAACCAGUGGUCUUCCCAGUGUGAGGGAAGAUGUACAGACAGGCUUCUUUGUUUUCUGAACAUGGGUUGCAUGCCUUCAGUCUUCUUACGUGACCGUACAAUCGGAGUACUUUCCUUCUCUGUCACAUUUACACUAAAGAACUUGGGGAUCGCCAUGUGGAAAAUUAUAUGGUUAUUGUAGUUCUUUAUGAUUUUUUUCUCCCUCAUUUCAGGAUUUUUUUCACUAUCAUUUGUUACAUGUCUUUAUUUUCUGUUAAUUGAACACAAAAGACAAUUAAAAGCAAAAAAUUCUAA